AAUCUAAGUAUGUAAUCUAUACACAAUCUGAUCCAGCGAUGCAAUAUUAGCAGGGUGCAAAAUAGCUUUAAAAGAGCUCUUGAGAUCUCUGAUUUCUCUACAGCUUCUUGGCAGGGGGAACAAGUUUGUGAUUUACAAAACUCUCUCUCUCUCUCUCUCUCUCUCUCUCUCUCUCUCUCACAAACACAUAUCACAGGAAAUUAAAGAGAUGGGCAGCAGUUAUUUUGGAGAGCCAAAUUUGGGAAAUGAAAAAGGAGGUGGGUCUUCUUCAAGGAAGAGCAAGAAGAACAAUUCAGACAAGCCCAAGCAGCCACAGAGAGGUCUUGGGGUUGCUCAAUUAGAGAAGAUCAGAUUACAUGGCCAAAUGGGUUGUGCAUACCAUCCCUCCCUUCAUGGGCCAUAUCCCACUAAUUUUAACAAUGAGGAUAUGAGAGUGCAAACAGCUUAUUCACCUAUAUCAUCAUCAUCAUCCUUUUCUUAUUCAUCCUCCUCAUCGUCAUCCUCAGCUUCUUAUGGUUACCACCCCAACAUCAUGAUGGGGCUAGGAGAAUAUGAAAGAGCAAAUCUCAGAUAUGGUGAUUCUCAACCUACUGCUACAGCAAGAUGGGAUCCCAGCAGUACUCCCACCUUAGAGACUCAACAUUUUGGGCAGCCAAGCAUGACGAGACACCUUCUAAAUCUACACAUAGAGGACUCGGAGGGCGAUAAAAACAGCAAGAAACUUAGGAGUAAUUCCAUGGGAUCAAGCAGUCAGAAUUCUGAAUCGAGUGACAAUCAGGAACCGGAUUUGGAGCUCAGACUUUCACUUUAAUCGGCAAUUAAUUAAAUUAAUUGCAAAAUGGAGCACAAAGUUGGGCAAGGCAGGCAGGCAGGCAGGCAGGCAGGCAGGCAGGCAAUGAAGUACUAUGAACUUGUAUUGGAAGUAUCAUUUGGUAAGACCCUUUUGUGUAAUGAAAGGUAGAUUGACCUUCUGUACAAGACAAUGGAAAUUAAGUUUCUUCUUGUUCGUGAAUUGUCAAUGAAAUGAGGAAAAUGAUGAAUUUUCUCUCUAUUUCUUGUUUCCAUCAUACAAGACGACUUUCUAGAAGCUAGGCAGCGUCUAACAGUAGUAGUAGGGCUUUCCUUCAACAUAAUUACUUUUUAUCUGAUUCAAUGCUUGGGGAUAGGCUCUAUUUUC